GUUUUAAGGCAUUUGAAGUCUAAGACAAUGUAAAAGAGGUGUAGUCGGCAAUGGCUCUCCAACAGCUUGUGUGCAAUCUGAUGAUCCUACUCUUUUGCAAAGGUACACUCACAAUCAGAUUAACUGGAUCUGGAUCGACUCGAUGUUCUGGCAGGGUUGAAGUUUAUCACGAUAACAUCUGGGGAACAGUCUGUGAUGAUGGCUGGGACUUAAAUGAUGCUGAGGUGGUUUGCAGACAGUUAAACUGUGGGUCGGCACUAGAGGCUCCUCCAUCAGCUCACUUUGGUGCAGGAACUGGACAGAUUUGGCUUGAUCAUGUGACCUGUUCAGGAAGUGAAAGUUCUCUAACUGAGUGUCAACACAGUGGAUUUGGAUCAAACACAUGUGAACAUGGUCAGGAUGCUGCUGUCAUCUGUUCAGAUCUGAUCAGGUUGGCUGGGUCUGGAUCAACUCGAUGUUCUGGAAGAGUUGAAAUCUUUCACAAUAACAUCUGGGGAACAAUCUCUGAUUACAACUGGAACUUAAAUGAUGCUGAGGUGGUUUGCAGACAGUUAAACUGUGGGUCAGCACUACAAGCUCCUCGAACAGCUCAUUUUGGUGCAGGAACUGGACAGAUUUGGCUCAGUGAUGUGACGUGUUCAGGAAAUGAAGGUUCUCUAACUGAAUGUCAACACUCAGGAUGGGGAAACAACUACUAUGGACAUUAUUAUGAUGUUGGUGUCAUCUGUUCAGGUCUGAUCAGAUUAGCUGGAUCAACUCGAUGUUCUGGCAGAGUUGAAGUUUAUCACAAUAACAGCUGGGGAACAGUCUGUGAUGAUGGCUGGGACUUAAAUGAUGCUGAGGUGGUUUGCAGACAGUUAAACUGUGGGUCGGCACUGAAAGUUCCUACAUCAGCUCACUUUGAUGCUGCUGUCAUCUGUUCAGCUGUGUCCGUCAUUUUAACUGGAUCUGGAUCAACUCGAUGUUCUGGCAGAGUUGAAGUUUAUCACAAUAACAGCUGGGGAACAGUCUGUGAUGAUGGCUGGGACUUAAAUGAUGUUGAGGUGGUUUGCAGAGAGUUAAACUGUGGGUCGGCCCUGGAGGCUCCUCGAUCAGCUCACUUUGGUGCAGGAACUGGACAGAUUUGGCUUGAUCAUGUGACCUGUUCAGGAAAUGAAAGUUCUCUAACUGAGUGUCAACACAGUGGAUUUGGAUCAAACACAUGUGAACAUGGUCAGGAUGCUGCUGUCAUCUGUUCAGCUGUGUCCGUCAUUUUAACUGGAUCUGGAUCGACUCGAUGUUCUGGCAGAGUUGAAGUUUAUCACAAUAACAGCUGGGGAACAGUCUGUGAUGAUGGCUGGGACUUAAAUGAUGUUGAGGUGGUUUGCAGAGAGUUAAACUGUGGGUCGGCCCUGGAGGCUCCUCGAUCAGCUCACUUUGGUGCAGGAACUGGACAGAUUUGGCUUGAUCAUGUGACCUGUUCAGGAAAUGAAAGUUCUCUAACUGAGUGUCAACACAGUGGAUUUGGAUCAAACACAUGUGAACAUGGUCAGGAUGCUGCUGUCAUCUGUUCAGAUCUGAUCAGAUUGGCUGGGUCUGGAUCAACUCGAUGUUCUGGAAGAGUUGAAAUCUUUCACAAUAACAUCUGGGGAACAAUCUCUGAUUACAACUGGAACUUAAAUGAUGCUGAGGUGGUUUGCAGACAGUUAAACUGUGGGUCGGCACUAGGGAAUCCCCAAUUUGAUCACUUUGGUGCAGCAACUGGACAGAUUUGGCUCAGUGCUGUGACGUGUUCAGGAAAUGAAGGUUCUCUAACUGAAUGUCAACACUCAGGAUGGGGAAACAACUACUAUGGACAUUAUGAUGAUGUUGGUGUCAUCUGUUCAGGUAUGAUCAGAUUAGCUGAUUCAACUCGAUGUUCUGGCAGAGUUGAAGUUUAUCACAAUAACAGCUGGGGAACAGUCUGUGAUGAUGGCUGGGACUUAAAUGAUGCUGAGGUGGUUUGCAGAGAGUUCAACUGUGGGUCGGCACUGAAAGUUCCUACAUCAGCUCACUUUGGUGCAGGAACUGGAAAGAUUUGGCUUGAUCAUGUGACCUGUUCAGGAAAUGAAAGUUCUCUAACUGAGUGUCAACACAGUGGAUUUGGAUCAAACACAUGUGAACGUGGUCAGGAUGCUGCUGUCAUCUGUUCAGAUCUGAUCAGGUUGGCUGGGUCUGGAUCAACUCGAUGUUCUGGAAGAGUUGAAAUCUUUCACAAUAACAUCUGGGGAACAAUCUCUGAUUACAACUGGAACUUAAAUGAUGCUGAGGUGGUUUGCAGACAGUUAAACUGUGGGUCAGCACUACAAGCUCCUCGAACAGCUCAUUUUGGUGCAGGAACUGGACAGAUUUGGCUCAGUGCUGUGACGUGUUCAGGAAAUGAAGGUUCUCUAACUGAAUGUCAACACUCAGGAUGGGGAAACAACUACUAUGGACAUUAUUAUGAUGUUGGUGUCAUCUGUUCAGAUCUGAUCAGGUUGGCUGGGUCUGGAUCAACUCGAUGUUCUGGAAGAGUUGAAAUCUUUCACAAUAACAUCUGGGGAACAAUCUCUGAUUACAACUGGAACUUAAAUGAUGCUGAGGUGGUUUGCAGACAGUUAAAAUGUGGGUCGGCACUAGGGAAUCCCCGAUUUGGUCACUUUGGUGCAGCAACUGGACAGAUUUGGCUCAGUGAUGUGACGUGUUCAGGAAAUGAAAGUUCUCUAACUGAAUGUCAACACUCAGGAUGGGGAAACAACUACUAUGAAGAUUAUUAUGAUGUUGGUGUCAUCUGUUCAGCAUGCGGCAGGGCUGUGGAAAACUCAGGAAGUGGGCCCUGGCAGGUCAGUAUAAACCACAAUGGACAGUUUUGGUGUGGAGGGUCCCUAAUCACCAACCAGUGGGUGCUAACAGCUGCUUCCUGCAUAUCACAUAACCUGACAGAGGUACAUCUAAGCUGCCACACCCAGUCAGAUUUAACCUCCGGCGAAGUGUCUUUGACAGUGGAAGAUAUCAUCUGUCAUCCUGCAUUCAACAACAGCACGUAUGAGAACGACAUUUGUCUUCUGAAGCUGUCGGCUCCUGUAACUUUCACAGACUACAUUCAGCCAAUCUGCUUAGCCUCACAAAACAGCACUUUCUACAAUGGGACCAGCAGCUGGGUCACUGAUUUUAGUGAAACUGGUAACAGUUCCUUCCCAAACAUCCUGCAGGAGGUAAAUGCACCAGUGGUGGGAAACAAUGAGUGCCAGUGCUACUAUGAAGGCGACAAAGCAAUCACAGAGAACAUGAUCUGUGCUAUGCUUCAAGCAAGGAAAGAUUCAUGUCAGGGAAACCCAGGAGGACCUUUAAUGACAAAGACAGGAUUUGCGUGGGUCCAGAGUGGAGUUGUGAGUACUGAUGAUGGCUGCGCCCAACCUGUGAGACCUGCAGUCUUCACUCGUGUGUCGGAGUACCAGAAUUGGAUCAGUGACACCGUCACUGGAAUGAAACCAAACUUUGUUACCUUCACUUCCCCGGGCACUGACAAUGACUUAUACUUCACCUGUCCAACACUGUCACCUCCCACUGUCCCCACCACUGUCCCUUCUACUGUCCUCACCACUUCCUCCACAGAUGACAGUGUGUUUGACAGCGGUGAAAACCUCACCCACUUCACUCAUUUUGCCUCACUCUCUCUUUUUGCUGUCUUGCUCCAUGUAGUUGUUACAAGUAGUGGAAUGUAAGUCAACAUAUUUACCCAAGUCUUGUACUUGAUUACACACUUUAAAUACUUUAAACACUUUGAAUUUACUUUGCUUUCAUGGCAUUUUAUGAAUUUGAGGUGAAUCGUAAUCUUUCUCUCCAAUAUAUUCAUAGAACAAUCAUUAAACUUUUUUUUUCAUUUGAAGAUGCUAAAUAUGUUGUUGUUCCAGUUUCUCAAAUAUGGUGAUUUAGUGGACUUCCUUACUUAGUUACUUUAAACUUUUGAUUAUAUCAAUACUUUUUAAUCAUUUUUUUCAAGCUUUGACUAAUGGACAAAUUGAGAAUGUGAAGGUGUUAUUGAUUUUUGUGAUUGUUUUUAACAAAUCAGACCAUGUUUUUAGUAAUUAUGGGAAGUGAAAGUAUAGAAUAUUGUUAUCACACAUGGGGCUAUUUCUGUGUUUUGGGCAAAGUCUCAUGUAAGUUGAUGGAAAUCUUCUUAAAUCUUGUUUUAUGCGGACAUUUUUUGGUAUAACAAUGUCUUUAUUGAUUAAAACAUGC